AUGUUGGAUUUGUUAUUAUCCUUAAGAGUAUUGUACUUUAUAUUAUUUUUAAUUAAUUUUACACAAACUACCGUUGAAAAUGAAUUUUGUGAUUCUUUAAAUGAAUACGAAGAGAAUAAUAAUAAAUGCAAUGUUCAGUCACGCUAUUCACGAAACCGUUACAUUCUUUACGAUGUUAAUCCUGUGGAAGGCUUUAACCUAAGAAGAGAUGUUUAUAUUCGUACCGCAAUUUUUAUAAAAAAUUUAAUUGAAGAAAACAAAGAAUUUAAAUGGCAAUUGGUUUUGCCACCAUGGGGCAAUUUAUACCAUUGGCGAAGUAAGCACAUUGGAUCUCAAGCACAAUUACCUUGGGGAUUAUUUUUUGACAUUGCAAGCUUACAGAAAUAUGUACCAGUUAUUGAAAUGUAUCAGUUUUUGCAAGAGUAUCCUUCAGAAAAUGAAGAAACAAAUCUUGAUAUUGUAUAUAUUUUACAAAACGAUGACGAAAUGUUCAAAACGGGUAUAUUUAAAGACAAAAAUGAAAUAAUAAAAUGUAAUGAUAAAUCACUACAGUUUCAUAAAGUAGAAUCUAACAAAUAUGUUGGAUAUUUUUGGGGAUAUCACAAUGUAACUUCAAAAGUUAUUAAGUGUGUCAAAUAUCAUGGUACGGUAUUAUAUCUUAAGCAAAAUCUUAAGCCUAAUGUUUAUAGGUCUGUAAUGUUUGAUCACAUGGAAAUUGCACUACAUGAUUUAUAUGGUACAAAGGAAUAUUGGAGUGCUAGACGUAGUAUGCGAUAUAAUUCUGAGUUAUAUGAUAUUGCAAAUGAGUUUAGAAAAAACUUUCUUAAUUCAACCGACGAGCAUGAUAAAACGAACCGACCAAAAGAUUGGACUAAAGAAGAGAAUAAAAGAGAUGCAAUUGGAGGGCCCUACUUAUCAGUUCAUUUAAGAAGACGUGAUUUUUUAAUUGGACGUUCAGCAACAGUACCAACAAUAAAAUCUGCUGCUUCUAAGUUAAAAAAGAAGUUAAAGAAACUUCAGUUGAAUCUGUUGUUUGUUGCUACAGAUGCUGUAGAAGAAGAAUUCAAUGAACUCAAAGGAUACUUAUCUGACUACACAGUUUUUAGAUUUAUUCCAUCAGAUUAUGUAUUAAAUAAAUUUAAAGAUGGCGGAAUUGCAAUUAUUGAUCAAAUAAUUUGUUCUUAUGCCAGGUAUUUUAUAGGAACACAUGAAUCAACAUUUACAUUCAGGAUACAGGAAGAUAGGGAAAUUAUUGGUUUUUCUACUACAACAACAUUUAAUCAUUUAUGUAAAGGUACUGAGAAAUGUGACUCCACUGGACAAUGGGAAAUUGUUUGGUAA